AUGGCUUCCCCCACUAUCUACAUCGACGAAGACGUCGGUAGAGACGAGCCCUCCGCCACCGGCUCCGAGACCGCCCCCUACAAAACCCUCGUUCACGCCUACGUUCAGCACCCUCCCACCACCGAAGGCAUCAAGUACUUGACGCGCAAGUCCCAGACCGAUGCCGCCGGUGAGGAUGUCGAUCCCGCUCGUAAAUUGGAGUGGUUGCCCGCCACCAAGUCUGCUAUGAAGAAGGCCAACAACCUCUGGGAGCAGCGCAAAAAGAAGGCCGCCAAGGAGCAAGAGCUGGCCAUUCGCGAAAAGUCCGAGGCCGAUAAGCGCCAGAAGGUUCUCGACGAGGCCAAGAAGGUCGUCAUCAAGGAGGAUCCCUCAUUGCCCAAGCCCGUCCGCAUUCGCUUGGACGUCACCGACCCGGCCAUCGUCACGCUGAAAACCCCCGAGUCCAAGGAGCCCGGCACCCGCGUCCGCGUGCUAGGCCGCGUUCACCGCGCCCGCGCCCAGAAGGAAUACGUCUUCCUCACUCUCACCGACGGCUAUGGCUACUUGCAGUGCGUCCUGACCGGUGACCUGGUCAAGACCUACGAUAUUAUGACCCUGACCCUCGAAACCUCUAUGUCAAUUCAUGGUGAGAUGCGCGCUGUGCCCCCCAACCAGCACGCCCCCAACGACCGCGAGCUGCACGCAGACUACUUCGAGAUCAUCGGCAAGGCCGCUGGUGACAAGGAGGCUAUUACCACGCGAGUGGCGCCGGACGCCGACCCGCAGACUCUGUACGACAACCGCCACCUGGUCCUGCGCGGCGAGACCUCUUCCUCCGUCAUGAAGGUGCGCUCCGCUGUUCUGCGCGCCUUCCGCAAGACCUUCGAGGAGACCCGCAUGCUGGAGGUGACUCCUCCCGCCAUGGUGCAGACCCAAGUCGAGGGCGGCAGCACCUUGUUCGGUUUCGACUACUACGGGGAGAACGCCUACCUGACGCAGUCCUCGCAGCUGUACCUCGAGACUUGUCUUCCUUCUCUCGGUGACGUGUACUGCGUGUGCCCGUCUUUCCGUGCCGAGAAGUCCCUGACCCGCCGCCACUUGUCGGAGUACACACACAUCGAAGCCGAGCUGGACUUCAUCACUUUCACCGAUCUGCUGGACCACCUUGAGGAGGUGAUCUGCCGCGUGAUCAACUACACUCUGGCCGAGCCUGAGACCGCUGCAUACAUCAAGAAGCUCAACCCCGACUUCAAGCCCCCGUCGCGUCCCUUCCGCCGCAUGAAGUACGACGAUGCUAUUGCGUGGUUGAUCGAGCAUGAUAUCCCCAACGAAGAGGGCCAGCCUCAUAAGUUCGGUGACGAUAUCGCCGAGGCCGCUGAGCGUCGCAUGACCGAUAUCAUCAACCAGCCCAUCUUCCUGACCCACUUCCCUGCCGAGAUCAAGGCCUUCUACAUGAAGAAGGAUCCCCAGGACCGCCGUGUGACGGAGAGUGUCGACGUGCUCAUGCCCGGUGUUGGCGAGAUCGUCGGUGGUAGUAUGAGAAUGGACGACUGGAAUGAGCUUAUGGCUGCCUACAAGCACGAGGGCAUGGAUCCCAGUCCCUACUACUGGUACACUGACCAGCGCAAGUACGGUACCUCCCCGCACGGCGGUUACGGUCUCGGUCUCGAGCGUUUCCUCGCCUGGUUGUGCGCUCGCUACACCGUCCGCGACUGCUCUCUGUAUCCCCGUUUCACUGGCCGUUGCACUCCUUAG